GACGAGGCGUGGCCUUGUUGAUUUCGCGCGAAUUUCCUUUCUUCUUCCUGUGAAAAGUUAUUAUGACCGGAACUCUUCGGCGGCUGGACAGUAUUUAUACGCUUACCGACCGCCGGGGCCGGUAGAUUGGGGUUUAUAUCGCGGCAGCGUCAUGUCUCAAGCCCGGGUCACCGACUUCUUUUGCCAGAGGAAGAAAGGAGUCGCCGCUCCGCUCAAACCGAGCAGGCAGCGCGACGCCGCCGGCACGAGGUCCAGGUCCUCCGAAAGCCGCGGCGCGUCGCUCUGCUCCUCCUCCGUCCGCGACGAGUUCGUCCGGGUCAUCGACGAGGCGGCGGAGCUCAACGACGGCCGCAGCACCGCGAAAGACCCCCCCUCCGGUCCGCGGACCCCGAAGCGGGCCCCGGCCGAGACCCAGUUCGACCUCGGAGCCGCCGUGUUCUCGGCCACCGCGAACCACAGCACGGCCAAGAAGAGACGGCAGGAGGCCGGCCCGGACCCCGCGGGCAAAGCCCCGGAGAAAGCGACGAGGACGAAGGCCAGGAAGAAGCUGGUCCUCCAUCAGAGCCCGCAGGCUGUAGCCAGGCCCCGGCCCGGGGAGGAGGCCCAGCAGCACCCUGGUUCUGGACACAAAGCGGACGACCAUCUCCUCCAAACCAACAGCCAGAAAGCCAAAGGACCGGAGAGCCAGGCUCUGAGUAGAGAUGACAUCGCAGCCCUCAAGUCUCGCCUGCAGAGGAUCAAGAAGAACGCGCCGGCCCCCGCUUCCCCGCCCCCGUCUGCAGGCCAUCCAGCGCCUCACCAGACGCCUCCGCUUGGUCCCGAAACCGCCGCCGCCGCCGAUGCAACGGCCCUCAAGUUGACCGUAGCACGCGUCAAAGAGCUCGCAGCUAAAGCUCAGCAGAGGAAGCAGGACAGGGAGGCCGAGACGAGGACGGCCGACGCUCACGACAGUGCGGAGCAGCCAGCAUACCAGCGGUACCACACUCUCGCCCAGGCGGCCCCCCCGGGCCUGUCCCUGCCUUUCCAGUACAAGGUCCUGGCAGAGAUGUUCAGGAGCAUGGACACGGUGGUCGCCAUGCUGCACAACCGCUGUGAGACCGCCACUUUUGCCAAGAUCAAACAGGGAGUUCAGGACAUGAUGCACAAGCGCUUUGAGGAGAGCCACGUUGGUCAGAUAAAGGCCGUGUUUCCUGAGGCCUACACGUUUCGACAGGAGAAGAACGUCCCGACCUUCAACAGCAGCACGAAGAAGGGCCGCUGCCAGCUCACCGUGGAGCCCGUCCAUCGCGUGGACGGCACCGGCGCUCGCCCCGUCCUGUCGGCCUCCUCCCUCCUGGAGAGAAGACAAGUCUUCCACCUGAAUCUGGUCUCCAUCGUCAAAGAGCACCACAAGGUCUUCCUGUCCUCGUUGGUUCCUCCAGUGUCUGUUCCAGAAGACAAGCUGACCCGCUGGCAUCCUCGCUUCAACGUGGACUCCGUGCCAGCCGUCCCAUCCAGCUCGCUGCCGCAGCCUCCCGACAGGGACCGAGUGUCCACCGCUCAGGAGGUGCUUGAAAAGGCCCGCUCGCUCAUCACUCCCAAGAUGGAGAAGGCUCUGGUUUCUUUGGCUCAGAAGACUAUGGAUGCGUCCACAGAGUCCGCGUCCCCUCAGAACCCGGCCGCCCCCAAAGCGCCCGCGCCAUCGAGCGCGGCGGCAGCGCCGGUCCCAACGGCCCUGAAAGGAGUGUCCCAAUCACUGCUUGACCGGAUCCGUGCCAAAGAGGCCCAGAAGCUCCAGGCGGCAAUGACACGGGACCCCAAACAAGAAGAGCGCCUGCUGAUGCUGUCACGGCUUCCAGAGCUGGUCCGGAUUCUCCGGAACGUCUUUGUUGCCGAGAAAAAGCCGUCUUUAAAUAUGGAAGUGGCCUGUAGCCGGACGGUGGCCAGCUACAGGUCUGCUCUCAGUACAGGUGAAGUGGAGAAGCACAUCCGGCUGCUGGCAGAGGUGGCUGCUGAUUGGCUGACCAUCCAUCCAAUAAGAAAGGACUUCUACCUGAAGCUGAACAAGAACACGGAGCUCAGCGUCGUCCUGCAGAAACUGAGCAGCAGACUGGAAGAGGAGGAGCGGAUGUGACGGAGUGGUGACCUACUGGGGCCCUUGAUGGGACGCGUGGGGCCUCCUUUUAAAGUGCAAUAUUUUUGGAUCGACUCCACUGGUGUGUGUGGCCCGUUGGCAUCGAUGCCUCCAUUUUAUUAUAGCUUAUUGCCCCGCGUUAGAAGCCUGCCCUCCUUAACACACAUUUCUGACGUGGUGCUUUGUUUUUCCUCCAUGAUGUAAUGUCAACCUCAACUUCUGGUCUUUUUAGGGGUCAAUUUUCUACAAUGUAGAACUGCUGAAUGUUUACAUUUUUUGAGGUCUGUUUCACAGCAUUUCUAAAUCAAAGGUCGUCUUCCACAUUAUUUUUUGUAGAUCGAUCUGGCAGCUGGUGGUAAACUCACGCUGUGCUUAAAGUGGUAGUGAGGAACAACCUGUAGCAUCAUUUCACAACUAAUGACAGAUGUUACGCGUUCUGCCUGUGCAGAACAAUGCAGAUGAGAUUUCCCUUCAAAACAAUAUUUAAAGGUCGGUCUGAAUAGUUUAAUAAUGAACCACAAAAAUCUCAAAUAAAAUCUCACGAAUUGGAUUAGAAA